AUGGCAUCGCAGACACAGAGCUCCACGGUGCUACUCACAAGACUCCUAUCACAAAAGGAACAAUCGCCUCUAGUGCUGAUUCUCGAUACAAUAGCACAGUCUUCGUUAUAUCUUCAACAGGAGUUCAUCCACCAUAAGCAGGAUUCAACAAGUGUGACACUGGUAUCGUUCGAGACCGUUGAUAAGCCGCAAUGGGCUGAUAUCUUCCUAGAGGCUCAAGACAAGCCAUUGAAACGUAUUAUCGAACUUGUGAACGAAAGCGUUGAUCCUCAGGGUAAGAAUCUGGUGAUCAUUGACGCUAUAAACUAUAUUCCAAAUCAUAAGCUCACGCAGUUCAUCACAUCCAUUUCGAGGCCUAAUAUCACGGUGGUUGCAACUUUCCAUACCUCAUGUCCUGAAGAGGAUCGCUCACAGUACAGCAACUAUCCCUCAAGCUAUACGCUAUUGACGUACAUUGCGUCAUCUAUCUUUGAAGUACUGCCUAAUAGCCUCGACGAUGAAGAGUUGGAACGACACGUUCAAGAGUUCAAGAUACCAAGUGGGCUUAAUACACAGUCUUUUGUGCUGAACUUGAUCAACCGUCGAAAGAGUGGCCGUUCUUUGUCUUACAAGUUUCAAAUAAACACGCUGACACACGAAUACUCACCAAUAGUUGAUAAACCUCAAGAACACGUUGAUUCUCAAGAGCUGUUGAAGGAUUUGACCACUUUCAACUUGACAACAUCAGCAAAGCAACAAAAAGCAAGGGAAAACGUUGAACUGCCUUAUCUUGAUGCGCAAAGCUUUGAGACGGGUGGAGCCAUCGUCUACGAAUUCGAAAAGGAUGACGAUUAUGAUGAAGAAGAUCCAUAUGAAGAUCCAUUUUAG